CCCUCUCAUCUCCCCUCCAGACAGGAGAUGCCAGCAUAGUUUCAAGUGUCCACCUGAUCCAAGAAGCUUACUCCUCACCAGCAUCACUCUCCAACCCAAUGUCCAGUCCUGUCUCUGUCUGAAGAGUUGGCUUUGGGAAUGGUUCCUGUCUGAAUUGGCAUGUGUUUUGUUGUGUAUAUUUUCACCCCAGCUUUAAAAAAGUCAUUAUAGCAAUUCCUACACAUUGAGUUCCAACAAUGAUAGUAAGUUUCAAUUCUCUCUCAAGACAAGAACGUGUUCCUCUUCUUCAUGCUUUAGAAACAGCCUUUUGCUUAAAAAAAUUAGCAUGUUUGAACUUUCGAUGGGAAAUAAAUGCUUUGCUUCUUGUGUUUUUGUGUGUUCUAGAAAUCCUCACUGAACAGUGUCCUGUUUCCUGUGCGUCCUUGCCUGCUCAGCCGGGAUGAAAGUCUUCAAGUUGAUCCUCCUCACCUUUGUAUUUUCAUCCUGCAAUGGACAAAAUCCAGUGACUGUGCUGUGCUCCAUAGACUGGUUCAUGGUCACCGUGCACCCCUUCGUGUUAAACAACGAUGUGUUUGUGCACUUCAGUGAGUUACAUUUGGGCCAGGGUUGCCCUGCCAAUUAUGUUCAGCCAUACGCCUACCAGUUCACCUACCGCGUUACUGAAUGUGGCAUCAGGGCCAAGGUUGUCUCUCAGGACACGGUUAUCUAUAGCACCGAGAUGCACUAUGCUUCAAGGGGCACGUCAUUGAAGUACGUGAUCCCAGUGUCGUGCGCUGCUCCCCGGCACUCGCCGUGGCUUACUACGCCCUGCCCUGUGGGUUUAGCCCGCGGGAGUGCGGUCACAACCCAGGAUGAUGAGGCACCCUGUGAGGUCUUUGAAUUGUCACAGCCCAGGCAAAGAAGGCCCAUCUGUGAUUGUCCACCUUGUGUCUUCCGUGAAGAAGAGGGGACGCAGGCUGAGCGUCCCCAAGCAGAGGCUCAGGAGGCCAAUCCUGAGCAGUCACCUUACUUUGUUGAUAUGUCUGAAGAUUGGUCUCUUCGCUCGGAUGACCUGAUUGAGUCCAUGUAAUCCUCAUCUUUAGGGCUGGCUGAGGAUGAUGUUUCUAGAAUUAGUGUAGUAUUUACUAAUAUCAGAAGAUGAAAUAUUCAUGUGGUCCUUUUAUGAGAAAGGGCAGCCCAUGGCAACAACUUAGCAAAUAAAGCUUUUCUAUAUUUUUUGUAUCCUUUUGUAAAAGAAAAAAAAAAAUAAACCUGUUAUGGCAUAAAAAUAGCACUUGAACAUUUUUAUUUAAGAAACACAUAGCUUUUUCUAUAGGCCAGACACUGUCCUAAGUGCUUUACAAAUGUUGAAUGCCUGAUCUGUUCUUUCUAGGAUGACUCCUGUCUCCUUUAAGCUCCUGUAAGGAAGCCUUCCCCAUCAGAAUCUCUCCCUCUGCAUCCCCAUUUCACUUCUACUCUGCACCACUCAACUUAGUCUUAAGUUAAAUGCCUUCUUAGUUUGAUCUACGGCUGUAUCACCUUUCAUCCAUGGAAGACACAAAUUGCAUGAGUGACUUAUAAACCAUCAAGAGUCCUCAGAAUCACACAGUCAUACCCCACCAACAAGAUGGUAAGCUCCUUGAGGCCAAGGGCUGAGUCUUAUACUUUACUCACAGACUGAAAGUAUUUUGAAAGAGUUUUUGGGGUUUUUUGAGGGGGAGGGUUCCCCAAUACGUGUGAUCAGAAAAUUUUCACCAAAGCUUGGUUGUCCAUUAGCUUUUUCAAAGGCUUGGAGGGAAAAGGAUAAGUAAAUUGAGUCAACAAAUAUUCAUUGAGUGCUACUCCAUGCCAGUCACUGUCCUAGGCACUAAGGAUAUGGCAGUGAAUAGAAACUGAGGCUCAGAGAAAUUGAGGCCACACAGCUGGUAAACAAAUAAGUAAACAAAGAUAGUCUCAAAUAGUGACAAAUGCUAUGAAGAAAUGAAAACAAAAUGAUAUGAGAGAAACUGGGGAAGAGGCCAGUCAGGGAUCUACUUUAGCAAGAGUAGCUCAAGGGAGGAAGGCCUCCGAGGACUCUUCAUUUGAACUGAGCCUUCUACGUGAAGAAGGAGCCAGCUCUAGAGCAAGAAUAUUUCAGAUAGUAGAACCAUCUUGUUUCAUCCUCACUACAACCCUAGGAGCAAAGUAUUCUUCUUAUACCCAUUUUCAAAAUAAGAAAUCUGAGGCACAGAGUGA